AUGACACAGUCCUCAAGUUCUGACAAUGACGGAUCUUCUCCUCCUCCGAAAUUGAAAAUCUCGGCUCUUUUGGAUAAUGAAACCCCCGAACCGUUGGUGGAAACAGAGUCUGGGGGAGAAGAGGGAGGGAACCUGGAUACCCCAUUGGCCGAAUCCAAUCCGCAACCACUGGGUUCUGUGAAACACGAAGAAGAACAUGAUUUGGUGAUAAAUGAGGAUAAAAAUAAAAAACACUUGGAUGUUGCGGCACCUGAUGGGAAAAAACCCCUGAUAUCGUCGCUAGAGCUGACCAAAGCCCCUGGUAGUGAUGCCACCAAAUGGUCAAAAGAAAUGAAUGAUUUAUUUAUUGAUCUCCUUGGUAGAGAAUCUCAAGAAAAUUUGCACGAGAAGAACGAAAACGAAUGGAGCCGGGAAUCCUGGCAACGAAUCAUUAGAGAAUUAGAAAUGGCGUUCCCGUUGAAGGCCAAAGCCCAUAAGUUUGAACGUACAAAACUUAAAAAGCAUUUGAAGAUUGUCAAGGAUGAACAUACUUAUUGGAGAUUUAUGAAAGAUAAUGCCAAGGGAUUCCAUUGGCAAGAUGAUAAAGGAUCGUUUUCUUUGGAUUAUUACGGAGUAGACCAUUAUUUUUCAAUCAAUAAAUUCAUCGAGGAUGAAGAAGUGGUAGAGAAAUAUCAGAAAAAGAAGUCUUGGAUAAAGAAAUUGUGUAUCGAUCAUGCUUGUGAUUAUUUGGUGAAGUACGAUGAAAAUGUUUUUGCCUAUUAUGAAGAUGAAUCCUUUGAUUCUAAUGAGGAUGAAGAGGUUCAACUAAAAAGAGCCGAAGAAACUGAAAAAAAGAGACGAUUAUUAGACGAUGAUGAAGAUGAAAUUGAUGAAGAUGACAAUAGCGGCGAUGGCGAUGGAAAGUCGAAUAUUAGCAAUGGUAAGGCUACGGUGAUAAAUACAGAGAGUGCCAUUAAUGGCAAUAAGGGGAAAGAAGAGGAAAUCGAUGAUGAUGAAAACGAAUUACUAGAAUUGACAGGAUAUGGUAAGAAGAAUCCAAAGAAGCAUAAGAGGUCAACAUCACCUAAAAGAAGAAAAGUCAAUGGUCUGGUUCUACCGAAUUUGUAUUUUAACCACUGCUCCGCCACCACCGACAACGACGAUUCCAUUCUUAAUGUCAAUUUGAAGAAUUUUGAAAAGAUUUCCGAGUGGGUAAUGACAAAUGUGUUGGCGAACAAAAUCACGGUUAUCCAACAACAAUUGUUAUCCAAGCUUUUGUUACGUGAUUUGAUGUUAUUUAAUUUUUUACAAAGUGAGAAGUUUGAUGAUGCAGAGAAAAUCAAAUACGUCGAGGAGGUGACAAAAGAGUAUUUAUAA